UGGUUUCGGAGGUACUAAAAGCGCAUUUUGCUCACCACACAGCAGCAACAAGACAUGUCCAAGUCCCUGGGAGUGCCGCUGAGCUUGCUGCACGAAGGUGAGGGGCAUGCGAUCACGUUGGAGCUGAAGAACGGCGAGAUUUACAGAGGCCACUUGGUCGAGAGCGAAGACAGCAUGAAUUGCCAGCUCAAACAGGUCACAUUGACGGGUCGGGACGGCCAGAUCAGCCGCUUGGAGCAAGUGUAUAUCCGCGGGAGCCAAGUGAAAUUGUUCAUCUUGCCCGACCUGCUGCAGAAAUCGCCGCUGUUUAAAAAAGUCCAAGCAUUGAAGAAACCCGACCAAGACAAGAAGCAGCGGAAGGGCAAAGGCGGCGGACGAGGCCGAGGUCGCGGCCGCGGCGGGCCACCCAAAGCAGCAACUACAUGAGCGUCUUCAUCUUUCCCAGUCGAGAUACCGCUCCAGACUCGUUAAGAUAUUAAUCUACCUACCCACAACUCACGCACACGACGUUGAGAGCUACACGAGCGUUGUAGCCGAGGCACGAAAGUCCGCCGCGUCCUCGACACUGGGGACAGCAUGGUACACGUCAUCCCAUUGAAUGCGACCUCGCAGGUAGUUCAAGUACAGGCCACCGACGACAAGGCACAGCACCGAUGCACUGAGUGACAUCACACUGCCAUCGUCAACUUCGAGCCAAAAUGUAAAGAGAAACGCUUGGAGAUCGUAGACGCCGUGAAGGAGCAUGGCCGGGGCAAUGGCGCGAAGGACGUCCCACCGACUGCGUGUGGUCGGUGGGUUUUGUCGAAGCUGCAGCACGAGAUGCAUGCCCGUGAGGGAGGCACAGAUCAUGUGCAGCGGGGUGGCCAAAGCGCUUCGGAUCGCGGCUGUCCAGAGUUGCAUGGCGAGUGACGGGGCAAGGAAAGCGUACAAGGCGUUUUCCAUCGUAGAAAACCCACACCCGACAACGAUGAAACCCAGGACCACUUGACGUGGCGACGUCUGGACGACUGAAUCACGGGAUUGUAGCGACGGCUCCAUCGGCACGUCGGACGUGCGGCUGAGAUGAUCGCAGUACGUCGAGCAGCACGGUCGGCAAGGUCGACGCAGCACAAGCCACGCCUUGACAGACUCUUCCACGGUACCAGCUACGAUGAACGCCAUGAAAGAGAGCGUGAGGAGGAUGCUGAACGAGUGCCGGACGCGGAUGUGCGCAAGAAUAUCUCCUGCAGAGGUGCCGUUCCCAGGGUGCUCAGCACGAUACCGCUCGAUUUGCCCGAGGACAUCGCGGUUGUCCACGACUAGGAAACACCCCUGGGCCACCAAAGUUAAGACCAUUUCGAUCAGCAUGGCCACGAUCACGCCAAUCGAGCAACCAGCGAGGAACAAGUGGACGAGUGCAUCGAUGUCGACACGAUUGGUACAGCUCGUUUUGUUCUUGGAGUGAGUGUAGCGCAGCACAGCGACGGCAACGAGGCCUGGAGGAGUGUACAACACACCCAAAGGAAGCAGCUCUGUCCAC